GAAUAAUCUUUGGCCUACGGGGGUCUUAGCCAAUGGUGUUCCUCCAAAGGCGGAGAGUCACGUUGAAGAUAUCUCAAAGGGACUGUAUAUAAGGCCUCCCUGCCAGCCGUCAAGAACAGGUCUUGUUGUCUCAGUCAACUUCAGACUAGCAAACAAAAUGAGUCUCUCAGCCAAGGAAAAGAAGAUCGUCAAGGCUUUCUUCGCCAAAAUCACCCCAAAGGCGGAGGACAUCGGCAACGAGGCUCUGUCCAGGACUCUCUUCGUCUACCCUCAGACGAAGACUUACUUCUCCCACUGGAAAGACCUCAGCCCCGGCUCCGCUCCAGUGCGCAAGCAUGGCAUGACUGUCAUGACCGGAUACUUGGACGCCGUGGAGAAAAUCGAUGACCUCGUCGGUGGUCUGCUGAGCCUGAGCGAGCUCCAUGCCUUCACACUGCGUAUUGAUCCUGCCAACUUCAAGAUCAUCGCUCACAACGUGCUGGUGGUUAUGUCCAUGUACUUCCCCGAUGACUUCACCCCCGAGGUGCAUGUGGCUGUCGACAAGUUCCUCCAGCUGGUCAACCAGGCUCUGUCCGAGAAGUACCGCUAAAACGGAGGCAGAAGACCAUCUUUCAGUGUCUAUGAUUCGGCAUGUCUUUGGUUGGACUCAAUUCAAGCAUUCA